AGUUUUGAAAAUAAGUACGUCCUAAUGAUCUGGAAAUUAUGGUUAAUUUUAGGAAUAAGUGCCUGUGGUAGUGGUUACAAAUCUUACAAUCUGCGAACGUUCCUAUGCAAUGUGUGCAUACAGACAUACAUCAUUUCUGUAGAAUGUGCGAUUUUAAUGGUGAGAAUUAUGAGGAUGCGUGGGAUUGCCCACCUUAGAGUUAAAUAGCAGCAACAUAGGUUCAGUUUUGAAUUACUCAUUACCAUCAACCCCUCUCCUGCCUGAUGUGGUGGUUUUAAUAAUUUUUGUUGAGUAGAACAACGCCAUACAGAAUUAUGCACAGUAGCCAAGUGCCUGCAAACAGUGGUUGACUAUCAAUUCGCCAGGCACGAGUGUUAGUAAGGGAGAAAUUUGUACAUUUCCCGUCACCAUUUUGUUCAACAAAUCGUCUAUUGAUACUUAGGCUUCUCCAGUGCUUAAAUACAUUUAUAUUGUGACAUUGGAAAGUUUAUUCAGGAAAUAAGGUCAUGUUUUUCGUCGUACUUAUAGAAACUGAUUGUCUACGACGGCAUUCGAUUGUUGAAUUACAUAUGCAAAUGAAUAAUGGCUACGUGGAAAAUGAAGCUGAAAUUUUUAAAUAAAUUGUUAAUCAGGAAGACAUUUUCAGUGUGUACGUGAUAAGUUCAAUCAGAGCCGAGAAGCAAAGUUUCAUCGUAUUUAUAAACAAACCGUUUUGUUUAAUAUUUUAUUGGUGCAGUGACCAUUAAAAGUUGUAGUUCAAGUAUGCGAUGGGAACAUUUUUAAGUAUUGGUGUCGGCUAACGAGAAAAGGACGAGUUGCAAGUUUUUAAAUAAAUAAUAGUCUCCAUUUCAACUGGUUGGUAGACGAAUGAGUAGUUUACUGGAGCCUUUUCAAGACAAUUUCAAGAUUGGCAACACCAUUUGCGACUCAAGAACGCAGAACGACGCUCCUUCUCGACUCUGACCAUCAGCCGUCAGUCACGCUCCGCAUCAAGAACCAAGAAAGAAUAUUAUUGACAAUUGGCACUCCCGUUCCUCAUCCUUGUACAACAAAUAAAUAAUUUAAUGAAUGUCAGUCAGUCAGCCAGUCAGUCAGUCGGAUUCGGUAGGCAAAAUUUGCGAUUACGUUUCAAUAUCUGCGUCGUUUUAUGAUUUGUGGAAAAGAGAUCAAGGAAAAUCUUUUAGCAACCAAGCGGUCGCGCGUCCAACGGCAAACGGCUCUUAUAUAAUUGAAUCAAGCUGAUUGGAUUGGUAAACUAUUUUUGCAGAGGAAGAAAAUUUGGGCUUAAUUGACCGGAAGCCCCCACGACGAUAGCAACGCUUUACUUUACCCAAGAACGAAUCACUGCAUUAUUAAGUAAUCAAACAACACCUGUUCCACCGCUGCAAUUGUUGACCGUUGAGGACUAUCGGGUGGAUGAUACAAGUGUUUAUUUUGUGUGUUUAGUAGUUUGAAUUUCUUCACAGAAACAUAUUAUUUUUACUGUCCGAGGAACACCAGCAGUGAACAAAUUCCCAGAGAGGCGGCUUGACUUGUGACCUACAAAAAGGAACCAGAGCGUGGAACAAUUUUUUUCAUUUUAUUUGUACGCAUUCAUGUGUUCAAGUAAAGAAAACUUACCUUGACUCCGCUGCUACUCCCACUGCAAACAUUUCAAACCAUGAAAAGGUGCAUGAAGCAAGGAGAAGCAAUGCAAAACGAGAAACAGGAAACAACGGGAUUGCUUCGGUGAAAAGCAGCGUUGUUUUGUUGUUGUGUACGUAACUUACUUUUCCCAUUUGUGUCGUACCCUUGAGCAAUUUCUGGGUUGGAACCUCUCGUAAAUUUUUACCUUAUCAUCAUCGCACUUGGUUGUGAUAGAGCAUCGAAUUGUGCAAUUAGCUUCUUCACCCACUGACGAAAUCGUCGUGUCUUCUUUUUGUUUCGAACCGACUCAACAACAACGAGUGGACUGUGUUAAACUUUGAAAUCGGAUUAAAAGAGGUAGAAAUUGACUGACCGUGUCUUAGGGUACCCUCAGUUGGUGCAGGUGAACAUAUAUAUUUUAGUUCAUUCUAAAGACUCUUAGACCAUUGGGCAAGACUUGUGAACACAGUCGUAAAAUUAACCUCAUCCAGUCACCAGCAAAUUAUUUACUGUGAUGUCAUGUAAGUUAUAAUCAUUACUUGUGCAAGUUUUGACAACUUUAUACAAAUAAAAACCAUGGCGAGCCACCGUUUGAGUGGGGAUGAACAAACGUUUAUUCGCCAUUAUCCAUCCACCUCCCACCUCGACAAGUACCGGACAGCUCCAAACCCCAAAAUCAAUAAUAACAAAUCAACCGUUCUACUGAACGCUUCGAGCAGCAACUUGAACUUGAUGCCACCUUCAUACAUGCCAAAAACGACAAUGUCCACAUUUGCGAGCCACAAAUCUUCCAAUGCGGACCUCCGAUACCGGGAUGAUCCCAACCCCUACAAAGUGAGUGACAUUGGAGAGUAUCGAAUCAAAGUGCAAGACCCAUUUGUUCCCAAGUCACUUCACAGAAGCCAACAAGUCCUCACUUUCUACAGUGAUGACAACGACUAUCCCUACGCCGUGGGAAAUGGGAGUGAAGGGGAUGCAGAAAACUUUGGGAGGCAGGUCAUGUUUGACAAGUUCGAGACGACGAGCACUGGCACUGGCACGGGCAACAGCGACUUUUACCCAAGUCGUGUCCAGAGAAGUCAAACACUCAAGAGUACGAGUGAAAGUCACAAAAGUGGGAGAAGUCAUCACACUGGGAGAUCUAGUCGCGUGUCUGGUUCUGUAAGUAUUUCCAGCGCGGGGGACGGUGACAUUGAGGUCGAGUGCGAAAUACCUGAGCCUGACUAUGAAGGGUCGACUGCGGGAAGCUCGGAGGACAUUCCACUCCCGAUACCAGACUCGAGCUGCAGUGAGGAGUACUCAUCCGUCUCGGCGGGGUCGGAUCCAGAUCACUACAAUCUUGCGGAGGGUUUAGGACAAAGUCCAUCUCCAGAUAUUCAACAGCAGCAGCAACAGCAAGACCACAGAGCUGAAGGAGGAGCAGACAGUGGUUUGGAUACUCCAACCAAGAUCACAAGUGAGGAGCGAGUCAAGAUAGAGUACGCUUUAAAAGGACGGAAAACCACGGUUUUUGUGGCAGACUCGCUCGCAAACUUGUACGUCAUGAAGAAAUCCGUCGUGGGGUCGAGGUCACAAAGGACUGGAACUUCAGACGACUGGGUCCUCAAAUAUACAGGCGUCCCAGUCCUGCUCCUCGACUCUGGCGAGACCAAAUCCAGGGACAAGCGACAAAUCAAGAUCGUAUUAGCCGAGUUGGGCUCGGGGCUCGCCUUGUGGAAAGAUGUUAUCGAUAACCUGACCAGUUAUAAAGUCAUGGAAGGAUCCAACACUUUCCACUCCUUCCACUUCUCCCUAGACCACUCCAAAGUAAUUGGGUUGAGCUUUGAUGAUGAGGAAAGUGCUGUGAGUUUCUCGGAAAAAGUGGACAAACUUACCUCUGAUUUUGCAAACAUUAGCCUCUCCGGGUCCAAGAAUUCCAAGAAGAAUAAAAAGGAAGCAAAAUCUUCAAAAUCAGCCAAACCUACCAAAUUUGUGAAACCGAAAAAGUCAGAGAUUUCGCAACCUUGUUGUUUCCAUCACGUGUCAUCCCUCAGCUCCAGUGACACGGGUCGUCUCUCAUCUCUACAAAAUUUCAUCCUCAACAGUGACACGGACACGGAGACUUCCGCAUUUUACAGAAGUACUCCAACCCCCAGUGCUUCAGCGUCCUCCGUCUACUCGCCCACCUCGCUCUCCAUCCCAAAGUCCGUCGUCGGGGUGAACAGCAGUGGAUCUGAAAUUUCGUUCUGAUUUCGUUCACACGUUUAGACGAAGCAUAUGCCAUUUUACAAGGUGCAAGUUAAUAUCCCCGUUGUAAAAUAAUUAUAAUAUUUAUGACAGACUGAACAUUUUAAGCAACGAUUUUUUUUCUCCGUUAAAUUAAAUUUAUAAUAAUUCACAAGACAUGCUAAUUCAAUGUGAGGUAUGGAACGAGUGAGGAAUGUGGUGUGUUCUGUAAUUGAACUUGGAUGCAUGCAAGCGUCCAAUUUACUUUAAUCUGUGCCUGCUUUCUUAAGAAUGAUUCUAAGUAAUGUUGUUGCAGUUGUUUUGAUAUUCAUAGAUUGCUGAUGCCGUGUAAAGUUUAGUGAUUAGUAUGUUGUGUGAAACCCCUUAUUGUUCUUGUUACGUCACCAUCGAAUGAAACUGUUUUGAAACUUUUGUUUUUCUAGGAUAAAUAUUUAUGGGAAACAUCACUGGGACAUUCCAACCUAAGAUAUAACAACAUUGAUUAAGUUACGGUGAAGUUAGGCGAGAAGAUGUGUAACUAGUGCAUGUGUCAAAAAAUUAGAAAAAAUUAGACAAUUAGAAAUUCCUAUCAAGUCAAAAAACUUGUAAUAUUUAGUAAAUAAAUUGUAAACUGGGUCAUGUAUGUAACAGUAAAAUAAACGCAAUUUUAAUAUAUUAUUUAUAUCCUAAA